UUUUGUGCACACGUUCGAAAUGAUGGAUCGCAGUGAUAAUGCGGCGGAAUCUUUCGACGAUGCCGUCGAGGAGCGUGUGAUCAACGAAGAGUACAAGAUAUGGAAGAAGAAUACCCCUUUUCUGUACGACUGUCUGGUCAUGACACACGCUCUGGAAUGGCCAUCCCUGACUGCCCAGUGGCUGCCCGAUGUGACCAAGCAGGACGGCAAGGAUUACUCGGUGCAUCGCCUCAUUUUGGGGACACACACAUCAGACGAACAGAAUCACUUGCUGAUCGCCAGCGUCCAGCUGUCCAGCGAAGAUGCCCAGUUUGGUGGCUUUGGUUCUGUGUGUGGCAAAAUAGAGAUUGAGAUCAAAAUCAAUCACGAAGGCGAGGUGAACCGUGCUCGUUAUAUGCCACAGAACGCUUGCGUUAUUGCUACCAAAACCCCGUCGAGCGAUGUCCUGGUGUUUGACUACACAAAACUCAAAAAUCCCAGCAAACCGGAGCCAUCCGGAGCCAUCAGCCAGCCAGAUCUGAGGCUGCGCGGUCAUCAGAAAGAGGGCUAUGGCCUCUCUUGGAAUCCUAACCUGAAUGGCUACUUGCUCUCGGCCUCUGAUGAUCAUACCAUCUGCUUGUGGGACAUUAACGCCACGCCCAAGGAACAUCGCGUGAUCGAUGCCAUGAAUAUUUUCACUGGUCACACCGCUGUCGUUGAGGAUGUGGCCUGGCAUCUGCUGCACGAGUCGCUUUUCGGUUCUGUGGCCGACGAUCAGAAGCUCAUGAUCUGGGACACGCGGAACAACAACACCUCAAAGCCAUCGCAUACCGUCGAUGCCCAUACGGCCGAAGUCAAUUGUCUGAGCUUCAAUCCCUAUUCGGAGUUCAUCUUGGCCACGGGCUCCGCUGACAAGACUGUGGCACUGUGGGAUUUGCGUAAUCUGAAGCUAAAACUACAUUCCAUCGAGUCGCACAAGGACGAGAUCUUCCAGGUGCAGUGGUCGCCUCAUAACGAGACCAUUCUUGCCUCUUCCGGCACCGAUCGUCGCUUGCACGUUUGCGAUUUGUCGAAAAUAGGCGAGGAGCAGAGCUCAGAGGAUGCUGAAGAUGGACCACCAGAGCUGCUCUUCAUUCACGGCGGCCACACGGCCAAGAUCAGCGACUUCUCAUGGAACCCCAACGAGCCGUGGAUCAUUUGCUCCGUGUCCGAGGACAACAUAAUGCAGGUGUGGCAAAUGGCAGAGAACGUAUACAACGACGAGGAGCCCGAGAUACCGGCUUCCGAGUUGGAAACAAACACCGCUUAAAGCAUACAUAUAUGUACAUAUUUUCCCACACGACCAAUUUUACGUUUUUCUCUCUGCUCCUGCUCCUGAAAUCUAGCAGUGCUCCAUCUUAAUUUAUACAUAUUACAUAUUUUUAAAUCGAAUUAAGUCAACUUUCUGUCAAAAGCAAACGUAUGUUGUACGAAUCUUUAAUUAAAACCGGUCUUAAAAGAAA